AGCAGCUGCUCCCCCAGGCCAGCCGGGGAGGACCACAGUGACUGAAAGCAGCAGCUGGGGGAGAGCGCUCCAGCUGAUCUGUUUCCCCCUCACCCCCAUCCCCCAAUUAGAGGAGAAUGGAGCUCGGGUAAUCAGGGCUGGCAGGAGGUGCAGCAGGAGCAGGAAUUCCUGGGGACCCAGCUGAAUUGAUGGAGGAAUGAUGCGCUGAUGCCUAUUUUCUGAGGAGAUGAUGAUGAUGAUAAAUAGCUUUUUAUGUACUACUUCUUUUCAUCAGCACACCUUGAAGCACUUUACCAAGAAGUUUACAGGGUAGACAGGACUGGAACUAUUUCUGCAGCUUCUAGAAGCCUGAUACUAAGCAAUGUGACAACAUAAAUCUGGAAACAUUAUUGCUGUUGGAAACAACUGGAAAAUGCCCCUGUGCAGUGAAAACCGUACCAGUUGUGCUGUGUCUGAGGAUCUUUGUCAAUAUGGAGAUGGAGAUUUCUCAGGGGACAUAUUUUCACUUAUUCACACCUUCUACUGUGGCAAAAAUGGACUAUUUUCCUCACCAAAAACCAGCAGUGUAAUGCCCAUCUGAUACAUGCCUCAAGGAACUCCUAUUUAAAAUCUGUUGAAAAUGGAUGUCUUGUAGCCUACCAACAAAUCCUGCUACUGCUGCAUGUGUGGCAGCACUUCUACAUGAUCGCAUGACUCUUGAUAUGGAUGCGGUCCUGUCAGACUUUGUUCGGUCCACAGGGGCAGAACCAGGUCUGGCAAGAGACCUGCUGGAAGGCAAAAACUGGGAUUUAACCGCUGCUCUGAGUGACUAUGAGCAGCUCCGACAGGUACACACAGCCAACCUGCCACAGGUGUUUAAUGAAGGGAAGUACUACAAGCAGCAGGAAAGAGACCCACCCCAACAGGUGAACAAGACUGAACGACCAAGUCUGCAGAGACAGGAUGACAUUGCUCAAGAAAAACGACUCUCCAGAGGUAUUUCGCAUGCCAGCUCAGCCAUAGUCUCCCUUGCUCGAUCACAUGUAGCAAAUGAAUGCAGCAAUGAACAGUUUCCUUUGGAGAUGCCUAUAUACACAUUCCAGCUACCAGAUCUUAGCGUGUAUAGUGAAGAUUUCAGAAGCUUCAUUGAACGUGAUUUAAUCGAACAGGCAACAAUGGUUGCUUUGGAACAAGCAGGUCGACUGAACUGGUGGUCCACAGUGUGUACAAGUUGCAAACGUCUUCUUCCAUUGGCUACAACAGGUGAUGGAAACUGCCUCUUACAUGCUGCCUCAUUAGGGAUGUGGGGAUUUCAUGACAGGGACCUUGUGUUACGUAAAGCACUCUACACUAUGAUGAGAAGUGGAGCUGAAAGAGAAGCACUGAAGAGAAGAUGGAGAUGGCAACAGACACAACAAAAUAAAGAGUCGGGUUUAGUUUAUACAGAAGAAGAGUGGGAACGGGAAUGGAAUGAACUGCUUAAGCUGGCUUCAAGUGAACCUCGCACUCAUUUUGGCAAAAAUGGAGGCACUGGUGGUGGAGUUGAUAAUUCAGAAGAUCCAGUGUAUGAGAGUUUAGAAGAAUUCCACGUUUUUGUCUUAGCACAUAUAUUGAGAAGACCAAUUGUUGUUGUAGCAGACACCAUGUUAAGAGACUCAGGUGGAGAAGCAUUUGCACCUAUCCCAUUUGGAGGAAUUUACUUGCCACUGGAAGUUCCACCUAACCGAUGUCACUGCUCACCUCUUGUCCUGGCUUACGAUCAAGCGCAUUUCUCUGCUCUGGUAUCCAUGGAACAAAAAGAUCAACAGAGAGAACAAGCGGUGAUCCCUCUGACUGACUCUGAACACAAGUUACUGCCUUUGCACUUUGCAGUUGAUCCUGGGAAAGACUGGGAGUGGGGAAAAGAUGACAAUGAUAACACCAGACUGGCCAGCUUGAUUCUGUCUCUGGAGGCAAAGCUUAAUCUCCUGCACAGCUACAUGAAUGUAACUUGGAUACGCAUACCAUCUGAAACACGGGCCCCUUUGGCCCAGCCAGAAUCACCCACCGCUUCAGCAGGAGAGGAUGUUCAGUCUCUGGCCGACUCAAUGGACUCAGACCGAGAUUCUAUCAGUAGUAAUUCAAAUGGCUGCAAUGGCAAAAAUGGUAAAGAAAAGGAAAAAGACAAACAGAGGAAAGAUAAAGACAAAAACAGGACGGAUUCAGUUGCCAAUAAACUCGGAAGCCUCAGUAAAACUCUAGGAAUUAAGCUGAAAAAGAAUAUGGGUGGGCUGGGAGGGCUAGUGCAUGGCAAGAUGAGCAGAGCAAACUCAGGGAAUGGGAAAAAUGGCGACAUCACAGAAAAAGUCAAAGAGAAGAAGUCGAAGUCUCGCAAAGGGAGCAAAGAGGAGUCCGGACAGUCUGCGAGCACAUCUCCGUCUGAAAAGACAACUCCCUCUCCUACCGACAAGGCGAGCAUUUCACCUGCCGAAAAGAUAAACACGAAAUCCCUCCCUGACAGACAGUCUGACCCGUGGAAAUACAGCACCGAUGUAAAGCUCAGCCUCAACAUUCUGAGAGCUGCCAUGCAAGGAGAACGCAAGUUUAUUUUUGCUGGCCUCCUUCUGACUAGCCAUAGGCAUCAGUUCCAUGAGGAGAUGAUUGGCUAUUACCUGACCAGUGCCCAAGAGCGCUUCAAUGCCGAGCAGGAACAGAAGCGAAAGGAGGCUGAGAAAAAAGCUGUUCUCAAUGGGUCAUCUUGCAGGAAACUGGAGCAAGAAGCAUAUUCAAAAGAAAAGUUAGAAUCAUCUCCUCAGGACAGGGCAUCACCACUCUUGCCUCAAAGCCAUACAACUCAACUGGUUUUAAAGUUUAAAGAUCGCACUAGUCCCACUCCAGGGUCAUUUUCUUCACCAAGUAAUUGUGCUAAGAAAAGUGGACCCAUUCCGGUAUCUGCCCACUAUAGCCAUACUCCACCUGUUCAAAGGCAAAGCGUUAUUCAUUUGCAUGAUGUCAACUCCAAGCCAUCAAGCUUCCAAGAUGAUAGCUACAAGCCAGUGGUUGGCACCUUAAAAACAUGUGCCACUUAUCCCCAACAGAAUCGAUCACUGUCUUCACAGAGUUAUAGCCCAGCACGGAUAUCGGGUAUCCGUACAGUGAACACAGUGGAAUCACUGACCUACGCCAUGCCUACCGAACACAAGUCACAGACAUUUACAAAUGGGUUUAAUACCGGUGAUAUUAGAGAUUGCUUAGAAUAUGCUGAUGAGGAGGCUCCUCAGACCUGGUUGAACAAUGAUAAAAACCGAGGCAGAAGCACAGUUUCCCCAAUAUAUUCCAUCCAGCAGAACCGUUGCAAGAAAGAGAACUGUUCCUUUUAUGGUCGUCCUGAGACUGAAAAUUACUGCUCAUACUGCUACAAAGAGGAGUUAAAGCGUAGGGAGAGAGAAAGUAAGGGACACCGGCAUUGAGGAUUGUGAGGAUCCUUCCCUGACUACUUAGUUUAACCAUUUUCUUACUUGCAAGUAAAUAGCAAUGGAUUAUGGAAAAAGGAACCCUAAAAAGGGAAUGAUGGGUAAAUAAUAUCUAGCUUGUCACUUUUCUGGGGCAGUGCAGAAAUAAGAGGAUUAAUUUAUCAUAAAGAAUUUAUUAUUUUCCAUUUUGUCAGUGUCUUUUUUACAUACACUGGUAAGCUGAAAGGUUGUUUACUCCUUUGUCAGUGCUGUGUAUAUGUUUGGUCAAAAAUGUACUAAUGGUGCCUGAAUUUACACUGACAUCACUCAGGUAGUAGAAUGACAGGGAAAAAAUAAUACUGGAGAUGUGGUAUUGUAAUAGGAUAGUAUCUGCCUCAUAUACAUUUGAAAUUCUAUAGCCAUCAUGGGAUGAUUUUUUUUCUCAAUAGAAAGUAAAUUUUUCAUAGCCCCUUUUUUAGAAGGGUAGUCAUUUUGCAUACUACAAAUUUUUAAGGUAGUGUCAUAUUACUUUACUGUAAACAUUUUGUAUUCAUUUUAGUGCGAAAUGCAGUGUCUCCAGAAAUAUGUGAAUGAAGGUCUGGAUUCAUGAGGACUGUAUCUCCUCAUAAGUGUUGGUGCUUGCAGAUUUUUUCCUCCCAGUUCAGUAAAAACCUGAACUAGUCAAUCCAUUUGUUGAUUUGUUGUCAAUUGCAAGACAGAUAUUGGACAUUGUUAGAAAUAUACUGUGGCCCUAUUACAUGCAAGACUUUGCAUGACAUAGAAAUCCCAGCAAAUAAUCUUAGUCACAUGAAUUUCAGCAGCAUUUUUAUGGCUGUGAAGAUGGGGAGAAAUCUAUAAAAACUACCUUAAAGGACUUACAGAACUUGCUCACGAGCCAGAAUUUUUUGCCACAGUCUAAGGCUGGAUAAACUGUUCAGCACAAAUAAUAUGUUGCACGAAUUUAAUUCCCCUAUUCACAAUCUGACUUCUUUCUUUUAUUAAUUUGUUCAUUGUCCAAAAUUACUGGAUGAAUGGUUAUUGUGAAAAUACUUCCAUCUAAGCACUACUUGCAAUCUAUUUGUUGCAACUGUUGUGUUGAGUCGUUUGGACUGAAUGACACACACACCCCCACAAAGAGCUUUCAAGAUAUCUGUGCAAACACUUCCAGCAUGAAUACUCAUGCAAAUGCAGAUUUGUGCAAGUCUUCAUAUCCAAAUAUUGACAUAGGUAUUUUUGAUACUUCCUUUCCCCCUUGGGAAUAAAGUGUUGUUCUACUGGAUGUUUGUGAAAAGCAGAUAGAAGGGGUCACAAAUACCACCAAAAUACAUUUGUGGUUCUUAUUCCAACAAGUUUUCCUGAAUGUUGUUUGCAGUUUUCAUGCCACCAACCCAUGCAAGUAUGGCAAUAAAACAAACUCAGAUUUUUAAUAUUGAUACACUUGUAAACAAUGGCUGGAUUUUCUGUCUGUCUACAUUCAUGAACAAUAGCUCAUUUCCUGCAGGUAGACAGAAAAUUACUUGCCUUCAGGACUCUUUGCUAAUUGGUAAUUCUCUGCCAUUCUCAGGAUCAUGAGUCCAGUUUUAUUCAAGUAUUGAACAGCAUUUUUCUGGGCCACAAGUGGCUCAGGGCCUAUUCUCACCAUACAUGCUCAGAUCUUACACGUGUAUAACUGUUAAUUUGAGUACAGUUGCUCCUACUUAGCAUUGUUGUGAGCUCAGUCAGUCCCUUUGGCCCAGAUUCAGCACAUACUUAAGUCCAUUAAUUUUCAGGAAAGCAUUUAAACAUGAGCCAGAGCCCCCUUGAAAUCAAUGGAACUUUGGCACCUUCUUAGUGUUAAACACAUAUUUAAAGGGUUGGCUGAAUCAAACCUUUAUUGACAUUUUUAUUAAUGAAUCACCACCCUAUAAAGAUGAAUUUGUAAAAAUUGAUGGGCAAUACCUAGCUCGCUCUUUCCUGAAUUCAGACCUGUGUUGAACUGAUAUCCAUUUUUUCAUUAAGGGAACAUGUUACGAAGCUGAAUGAGUUAUUAAAGCUCCCUUUAUUGUGUGACUCCCCCUUAUGAAGCCCAGAGUUCAAAAUCAUGUUCUUGGUUUUGUAUGCUGUUACACAGACUCUUUAUUGGUUAGCUGGGGUGAUUGAGUAUAUGUUCUACUUACCAAAGAAAUCUGUGAUUUCAGAUCAUCUUACAACAAAUCAGACAUACUUGAUUGCAUUUGUUAUAGAAAGGGAGACAGAAAACCAGAAAGGACAAAAUUUCAUGAAGGAAAGAAAUAUUAAAUAAUUAUUAGAGUAGCAGUAGCAUUUGAUAUUCCUAUAAAUGCUUCUGUAUGAAGUUAGACUUGAGAAAACUGCACUUAGCAUCCACUUGCUCCUGUCCAUUUAUUUGAUUCAGCUGCAUCAUCUUUGAAGAAGAAGAAAUGUGGUCACAGCACAUACUUAAAAAUACAUUAUUUACUUGUUUUAAGUUUAAAAAAAAAUGAUUAAGGUUUUAGCUGCAGUACUCAUCAAAAUAAGAGGUUUACAAAGUCAAUAUUUAAAGAAGUAAUUACUAUAGUCCAAAUUACUUAAUAGAUUGACUCUUACCUAGAAUAUUUUGCAAAGUGUAAUUGAUCUGCUGAAUAAUAACACAAUUGUGUCCGCACACCCAAACUUCACAAUACACAAGGUCAUACUUAAAUUAUGAAAAAUUAACAGGAAACUAUUUCUUCAGUUAUUUCAAAUAAAUCUGUUGUGCGAUAGUAGUGCUAUUACGCAGCCGCCCCUUUCCUCGGCUUCUUUAAUAACUUAUUGGGCCUUACUAAAUUAGCUCAACAUAGGGUUGCCCUCUUAUGAGAACUUUUUCCCAGCAUCCCCUUCUCAUAGUGUCCAUUUACAUUUGGCAGAGAUAAGCAGGUGCAGCCCUAAAGUGGCCAUUUUGCAACUGGCUGCUGCUAGUUAUAUCUUCCUCCCCUGCUGGUGAGGCUUCUUUAUUCCUGUUAUGCAUGCACCCAGUGUUCCAUGUGUGACUCCUGAGCAGAACUGACACUUAUUCCCAUUCGCUGCUAGGAUUUGUUUUGUACUAGCAUGGUGCUUUGCACUCUGCGCACCAAACACAUAAAAGAGAGUGCCUGCUCUGAUAAAUUUAUAGCACAAGGACUGAUUCUGACAAACACUAUGGUGUGCACGCCCUUUGAGCUGAAUUUGCAGGGUCCAGCCCUAAAAGGGAGGUUCUUGUCUGUCUAUCUUCAGAGAUAACUAGAAAAUGCUCAUGGCUUGAGUUCACCAUCAGUAAAAGAAAAUCUUCAGUUGCUCCUCAUCCAGCACUUAGAGGUCCUGUGCCCCAUUUUUGCCAUUAUAGUGAGUAAUAUAUUUGUAACUCCUAUACUUUUUAUCUUCCAUCAAGUGUAACCCACUGGUCAGUGUGUUAUAUGUACUCCUCUGUACCUGACCAAGAGAGAAAGUAUGCCUCUUAACAGCUUUCGGUUAGAGGAGCUUGCUUUUUAGCUCACGCUGUAGUAGAGACUCAUACUUUUAACUUUGGAGGUCUCCAGUUUGAUCCCUAGUGUUAGCCAAGUUGGUGGCCAAUUAUAGAAAUACCAUCUUUUACUUUUUAAAACCUGUUUUUGUUUUGUUUUGGCAUUCUCUGAUCAUGGCACAGCGACUGGCUGGGUCAGCCCAUCAUUUCUCCUCCUUAUGCCCCAGCUCUUGCUUUUAGAUGCAUGUUUGCGGUAUUGAGGAAAUUGUGCUGUAAAUGUAGAACACAAAACAGUGAUCAAAGAUCAUCACUCCUGCUCGUUCUUCAUUGGAACCCCCAAUUUAAAAAAACACUAAAUGUACACACACACACACACAAAAUACAUUCAUAGUCACCAGAAGAAACGUACAUUAGAGGAAGUAGGUAUUGUUUACAUUUUUCGAAUGUGCAGUGAUUGCUGCUAAUAAAAAAAAAUUUAAAAAGCAAAAACCCUUAUGGAAAUAUUGUACCUUGCUCACGAAAUCUGCUCACAAUAGAAGAGGCGUAUAAUCCAUAAUAGACUUUUGAUCGCACUUUACAUUGAGUCUAUUUAUAAAUGGUUUAUGAAUGAUUGCUAGAUGUUGUAAGUAUGUUACAGACACGAGUUGCACAUGUGAUAGUAAUAAGCAUAUCCAGUAGAAUGGUGUUGUAGAUGGUCAUAAGCAGCUUAGGGUAAGUCUACACUGUGAUUUAAAAAUGCCACUGAGUCUCAGAGCCUAGGUCAGUGGGCUCAGGCUGUGUGGCUUAAAAAUAGCAACGUAGAUGUUCAGGCUUGGGCAGGGUCUCAGAGCCUGAGCUCUAGCCCAAGCCUGAACGGCUACACUGCAUUUUAUAGACCAAGGCCAGCAGUGGUGCAGGUCUUUGACUGUAUCCCAGUUGACAUGUUGGACUCUAUAACAACUGAUUAACCAUUUAUUACAAAUCUAUUAAUUUAUUAAGCUUUUAAAGUUAUUGAUAAGUGCAUCAAUUAUAUAAAGUGUGAGCAACCUUCCUUUAGCAAUUUGCUCUUUUUAAAUUCAAACAUAAUGUACAAAACGGUUCUAGGGGAGGAAAGAUGCUCCAUUUGGAAUUUUGUGUGUUGCUCAUUUAUUAAGAACUUUAAAAAGGUCUUCAGAUGAAGGCUGAGAGUUCUCUUAAAUACAAAAAGUUCUAGGAUAUGAGCAGUGUUUCAUGAUGCAAGAAAUGUCAAAGGCAUGGCUAGCAUGGUGUGAUUCCAAUCACUUACUUAGGCAUGCUGACUGAUGCAGAUCAGUGCAGACUGCUGUAACAAUCACAGCCUUUGUCCU